AUGGCAACCACAAACAAAUGCUCUUUCUAUUUCAAAAUACAUCGAGAACAAAUGUUUGCUGAAAUCGAUCAAAUUAUCGAGGAACGAAAUUGUUUACAAGAACAAAUCAGUGCUAUGGGACAACAAAGAACUCCGAGUCCUCUAAUCAAGCAAAUUGAACAGUGGCGUGACAGCACUGUCGAGAAAGUAAGACAAGUCGCUGCUGAUGCUUGUCAACAGGUUAACCAUUUGUUAAACUUGGAAAAAACGAAACUGGGUGGUGAAUUCAAAGACUUUUCGAGAGAAUUAGCUCAUCUGAAAGAAAGUGAAAAUUUCGCUGAAAAGGAUUUAGCACGGUUAAAUCAAAAGAUAGCGGAUUUCAAAAAAGCGCUCAGACAAGCAACCGAAUCACCUUCGAUCGUACUUCAAAUCGAGCGGAGCAAUGGCAUUGAUUGGCAGAGUCUUAUCUAUGUAGAAGGUAUGUUAAUUAGUAUCUCUUUUGAAAUAGAUAAACUUUGUGAACAGGCUAUAUAUUUAAAAUCUCGAUAUUCAAAAGAUAUCCUUCCAUGA